AUGAUAAAGAGAGCAACGACGGUGUUGGUGCUGUCCUUGGUUUGUUGCUCCGGGCUUGCACCUCCUAUUGGCCUCAAGAGGACCACGACGCCUACCCAGGGAUGGACAGCAAGGAAGCACUGGAAAUCAGUACUCCGAGCGUCGACGCCUCCGCACGGUGACUACGACUACGACUACGGGUACAACGGCAAUGACGGGGUUGAUCAAAGGACACUUCCGCCGCAGGGGGAAGAGGUUGAUGCCAUCAACGUUUCGGGCGAUGGCCAGGCAGCUGGAGCAGCGGCGACAGCAGCACCAGGACCAGUAGCAGCGGUAACGGAGCGUCCAGCGUUUGGUACCGCAGCGGAAGGUCGGGACCCGACGCACGACAUCCGGGGACGGGCCAUCAGCAUCGGCCAGCUGUUUGGGAGGACGGCUACGACGACGAAGAAGACGAAGCGAGUGUCUGGACCGAAGAAGCAACAGCAGUCGGGUACCCGACCCCCCGGGCUCGUGUGGCGAGCGGGGGUCAAGGGCAUGGUCCCCCUGGCGACGGCUAUCGGCUUGUCGGUCACUCCGUCCAGGUACCUGGCGGUGAGGGCGGCGGGAGGGGCGGUGCUGGCCAUCGCGGCUAACGUGUUGAGACAGGCGGUCGUGGCGACGAGAAAGAGACAGGCUCCGGACGCCCUGCUGGAGCUCGUGAGGAAGGAGGGAGCGGGCAACGUCACCAGAGAGCAGCUGAUGGAUCUAGCAGAGAAGUACUUCGUUAAGGGUCCCGAGCUGUGGGGGUCAUCUCGAUUGAUCUACUCGUCGGUUCUCGCCGACACUGUGGCGGAACACGAGCCAAACACGGAGGACCUGGGCCGCCUCGUGAUGCUCAAAUGGACGCUUGGGCUCAGCUCCCAGGAGGUGGCCUCGUGCCACCACAAGGUUGUCGAGGAUGCCGUGAGCUCGGUGGGCGCGCCGGUAUCGAUGGAUAAGAUGCUCUACCUGUCGGAGCGCAUGUUCUACCAGGAGGGCACAACGGACGAGGGGUACCUGGAUGAGUGUGCGCGACUUCGGAGUCAGCUCGGGGGGAUGUCGCAGGUGGACCUCCUUCGCAAGGUGACCCAGUACGCCGCGCCCUGCUACCAGUCAGUUUUAGAAGACGUGACAUCGAGGCCGGAGAGUUUCUCCGGGGAGGUUCUGCUCCGAACCCGCAGGAGGCUCGGGGUUAGCGAGGUGGUGGCCGGGGGCAUGCAUCUGGACAUCUACCAGUCAGCCAUACAGAGGCUGCUGGACACCAAUGGGAGGCUUGACGACCGGGACCGGCUGUGGCUGAGUCGCUUGAGAGGCAUCAUGAGCGUGAGCCAGUUCGAGGGCGAACGAGCGCUGGAGUCGGUCACCGCGCCCGUCUACAGGGAGGCGAUACAAGCGGCAUUUGCCGAGGCCGUGGGGUUACAACGGGGCGAACCAGGCGUGGACGCCCUGAGAGCAAAGCUCCGGUCUAGGCAGGCGGACUUGCAGCUGACCAUGGCGGCGGCCGACGCUGUCGUGAAGGAAACCAUCCGCAAGCUUGCCCUCCGGUCUUUGGAAGUGGCUUUGGUUGCCAUGAGGAACGGCGGGGGCGGCGGCCCUGGAGGUUCCCCCGAGUCAUACGUUCUGCGGUCGAUGACGGAGGUUUUCCAGCUUAGAGAGGCGGUGUCGUUGCUCGUGCAGAACACUCCCGACGCUGACUGCUCCCGCUACUUCACCGGGGUUCUGGUCGGUUCGCCCUCCCUCCGACUGGCAGAGUCCGAGAAACGAGCGAUAUUUCGUAUACAGCUCGAACACGCGCUGGAAGACGCGCAUCUCGACGAGGACGAUAAGGGUACGUUGGCGGAGCUGGGUAGCAUGCUUCAGCUCGCCGAGGCCGACGUUCGCCAGAUCCAUGUCUCUGUCGUGAACCCCUUGCUGUCCAGGAGGCUCGCGGAGACGAUAGAGCGCAAGGAUUUCACGGCUCAGGACGUCGCCAAGCUGCAGCAAGACCUCACUGUGCCUGCUGACACCUUCCUCGACACCUGCAUGGAGGCGUACCACGCGAAGCUGACCAACCUACUGGAGGAAGGCGAGAAAAGCCGCGGCCCACCUGUAUCGGGGGUGAUCUCCGACAUCUCCGACACCGACAAGGCCGCCCUGGACUCUGCUGCCGAGGCCUUGGGCCUUUCCAAGGAACAGCUGUACACGAUCCACGACAUCACGUGCGGGCCGGUCUUGAAGGCCGCCGCUCUGGAGCUGUUGACGGCAGUGGCGGAGGCCGAGGUGGACGAGGGAGAUGGACAGCAGCCGGAGACUGUAGCCAUGGCGCUUAAGACGUCAAGGGACCGGCUCGGCAUGUCCAAAGACGGAGCCCGCGCUGCCUUCGUGGGAGCUUUCUUCGAAGUGGUGGCACCAAACAUCCAGGAGGUCUCCGUCGCCAUUGAGGCGCUGAAGGAUGCCCGAAAGGGCAUGCCAAAGGCGAUGCCAGCUACCGCCUUCUCGUCUGCAAGUCCUCUGCUGGUCAACAGCGGUGGUGGUGCCAUGGACGACGUGACCACACCCGCGCUCGCUGACUGUGAUGGAAGUGCGGUCGGUGAGCAAUCGGUCGCAGCUGUCGCCAAACCGCGCAACGGAGAAGGACUGGGUCAUGCCGAGGAGCUGGGCAUGAGGGCUGACGAGAUAAUGGGACGAGUCCUGAGGCUAGCUUCCUUGUGUGAGAGGGCAGGGGCAUCGAAGGAACUGGAGGUGGUGCUCCGCGCGUCCACCACUGGGCGGUCGGACCCCCUGUACUCGGAGGGCGUUGGCCAGGCGGUGGGAUCGAAGCCCGCACUGUCAGUGUACACCUUCUUUCUGGAGGAGGCCUUUUCCCCUCGUCGCGACAGCUUGGCCACCGACGACCCGGUGCUGCAGAAGCGAGACUCUCUAGCACUAGCGCUCGGACUUAGCAAGGCGAGGACCAUAGAUGUUCACAGAGGGGUUUCGUCUCGCCUCUACCUCGACUUCUUGCACGGGAAGCUGGAGAGGAAGUGGGCGCUGGGCGCCGUCGAUACCGCGUCUCUCAAGGCGAUAGAAGAGGUGCUGGGCAUGACGGGGGUAGUGUGCGAGGAGCUGAUGGCCAGAGGUACAAAGUCGUUCGUGCGGCGGAGGGUGGAAGAAGAACGAGACCCAGCGGUAGCCAGGGCGAUGCUCGAGACUCGGGCGGGUACUACUGCAGCAAGAAGAACUACAAGAAGGGGGGUGCUGGCGGCAACGGGGGGGCUGGGGCUUGGACUGGGACGGGAGGGGUGUCGGCCUGGCGGGGUGUCCUUGGUCAUGUCUGCUGGGGGGGUAGAGACAAGAGGUUUCAAUGGAGAGGGUAGUGCAAGCGGUGGCGGCUGCCUUGGUGGUCUGGGUGAGGGGUGUGGUGGGUUGACAGUAGGCGCCGAAGGGGUGUUUCCAGUAGAGAUUGGGUUUAUCACCGGUGAGCUUGAUGAUGACGGUGUCGGGGCGGCGGACAAAGGGAUGGUGGCCGGCAGGGAGAUGGGAAAGAGGGUCCGGGAAGCCGCCCAAGACAAAUCUCCCCGUGACGCGGCCGGAACGACGAUGAGACCGGAAGGGCAAUCUGACGAGGAAGCUAGCGUGCUCUCCUUUCUGAAGGUGCUGCGAGGCCGGAGGGGGGUAGGCGAAGGAGCAGACGAUGCUUCGGGGCUGGGAUCUUGGGCGGCAGACUUUGGACUUUUCGUGGGAGAAGAUGGCACGGCGCUCGACGGGACCAGUAGCGGCGAGGUUGAGAGCGAUUUUGUGGGGUGGGGCGCAUCAUUUGAGGAUUACGCGUGGAUGGGCUUAGGAGUGGAGGAGGAAGGGGAAGCGGGUCGUGAUGGGGAGGCGGCGGCGGCGGACUUUGGGUCGGCCGCUCCGGAACCGACGACAAGCGCACAUGCAAUGAAAGCUCCUACUGUUGAGGACGAGGAGGACUACCUGAAAACGUGGAAGGGAGAGGGAGUGGUCACAGAGGACAAAGACGAACGGGAAACAGGGAUCGUCGCAGAAGAUACCAAGGUCGCCGGGGCGCGAUCGACGGUUAGACUAUUUGCUGGAAGAAUGAAUGCAACUCUCAAUGGACAAGCAGACCUGGACGCUGCUGGCCUGCCGAGGGCCGGAGGAAACGGCAAGCGCGAUUCCUCCUCGGGAUUUUUGGCGGCGCUGGCAAGCCUCAGCAGCAACCGGGAGCCCGCAAAGCUCAAGGCGGCGGUACGAGCUGCGGGAGGAGAGCUGUACAGUCUCACCGACCGGCUGUCGAUUCUUUCGUCUGCGCUUGGGAAACAUCCCCUCGCUGCGCCUGGGAAGGGGGCGGCUAGCGUUGCCGCAGCGCUAGAAGAGGUUGCGUCAUUGCGCAGGGCGCUCAAGGCGGGGGAAUACAGCAGGUUUUCGGGACGACCCGAGGAGGUUCGGCGAGCGGUAAAGGCUGCAGAGCGGCUCGUGCGGGAUGCGGAACGAGCAGUUGGGAAGGACAUCGCUGUGCUGGACAAUGCAGCAUCUCGUGAAGCGACGGCGCUCGCAGAAAUUUCUGCUUGUCGUGAGAAACUUGAGGCUGCAAGGGCACGCCUACGUAGCGCCGAUACGCUGAACAUCAAGGCGCUACCGGUGCUUUGGGGGGCGCUAGGCAAGGUGCAGGCAUCUGUCGACGUUUGUGCCGAACGCUUGAGGCAGUCGAGCUCGACACCCUUGCAGGGAGGCCGCGCAGCAUCGGGUGCGAAGGCGGGUGAGCCCUCUCUCGCCACGUGCAAGGCUAAGGUAAGGGCUGUGGUGGCCAAGGUGGACGCCGCGUGUGCAAAGCGACGGCAGCACGAACAGCCACACCGGCCAAAAGGCGGCACGCAAGACGAAACCUCUAGGAGGGCGGGAGACCGGUGGCUGAUGCAAGCGAGGGCGCUGCGGCGAGCGAUGCUCGGACCGGAAGGCAUAGGGAGGCGAAGAGGCACCACCGGUGGGAACCAGCUCCAGGAAGCGCUGGACAAGCUUGACGCUGCUCUCGCCGAGGCUGACCGUCUGAGGGCCGACACCGGUAUCCUGGGGUCACCACAAGGCGGUGCCGCCUACGAGAAGGCCGCGCGAGGAGCCUCGCACGCCGCCGAGGAGCUGCAGCGGGCGGCGGAGACGGUCGCCAGCGAGCACGGCACCCGCCUUGAUCGCGCGAGAGCACUGGUGAGCAUGGCUCUCGGCGAGGUGACAGAGAUGGAGGCGGACGCGACGGAUUGCGGGCUUGUCGGCAGCCCCGGCGUACCGGAGGCCUUGGGGAACGCUCGCAGGGGGCUGGAGAGAAUGUACGGGACCCUGCAGAAAGAGGAAAGGGCGGGCGUUUCUGAUCAAAGCCGAGUCGAAACGUUGGUGGCAAGCGGGAGCCUCGAGUCCGCCCUACGAGGUGUUGAUACAGCUCGAGCUGCUGUUACGCUUGCUCGCCGGAUAGAGGGUGCGGAGGCAGAGGCUCGGGCCAUUAUCGACAAGGAGCGCGCCCGCGUGGACGACCUGUCGCUCCAAGCCCAAGCCCUUGGACUCCUGGGGCGUCCCGCGGUGGCGCGCGCGGUGAAUGCUUGUCGAGAGGCGGGGACGGCUGCGGGGAGGCGAGACAGUCGGGGCCGGCAGGUCUCGCCCGAGGAGUGCGAAGCGCUCGCCCAGGACUUCCUGUCCGCUGCUCGUCUCGCCCGCGGCGCCACAGAGCGAGCCCAGGAGACCAUCAAGCACGAGAGGGAGGCCGCGGCAGUCAACGACGGUUCGAGGUGCCGGGCCAAGGAGCGUCUGGAGUCAUCAAAGGCCGCGCUAGCGGUGCUCCACGGUCGUGUGGAUCGGCUUGCCACCUCCGCGGAGCAGCGUCGCGCGUCCCUGGAGCGCAUGCGCGUUCUCACGGCAUCGUGGAAGUUCGGCGGUGCCGAUGGCAAGGAGCUCCGGCGCCCGAUUCCGCCUGAAUCCUUGGAGAGGUCAGCGUCACGGGCGACGGCGGAAGCGAAGAAGGGCCUUGAUGCCGUCGAGAAGGAAGCAGAGGCGUCUGGGGAUGCGACGGGUCUUGACAAGCGCGUGGAAUCCAGUCUACAGCGGCUAACGGUCGCAGAGGCGGCGGUGGCUGCAGCCGAGGUUCGUGGCCGGAGAAGGGGUAACGCGGUCUUAGCGCUGGAGCGCGCUGCGGCCAGGACGGAGGCGGUCAUAGCCGACGCAGAGGCGGCGAAGGUAGCCCGCCGGUCUGCUGUGGUGGGCUCCCUUACCGCCGCCGUUCGUGAAGUACGAGUCGCCUUGUGCGUGGCGGUGGGCAGCGCUGCCGAUGAUGAACUGGGACCGAGAGACAUUGAGCAUGACGACGCCGUCUUGGCAGCCGCUGGGCUGGCCGAACAAGCAGCCGAAGCAGCGGGGAACCGUGUUGCGCGCGAGAGAGCAGCGGCGGAGCGAGAGGAGGAAGAGAGGCAGGAGAGGUGUGCCGAGCUGUGGUCGGCCGCGAGACGACUCGAGGGUCUGGACACCGAUAGCGUCGUCGCCGACGAUCCGGAGGCGGCGGCGAUGGUUCUGGAAGCGAGAUCAGAGGCGGUGAAUGUGCUAAUGGCGUUGGAAGCGGCCGAAGACCCUUCGGACUUGCUGGACUCCGCUCAGGCAGCCCUGGAAAAGGCCUCUCUCGUAGAGGAAAACCUUGUCGAGACUCAGCGCACGGUUUGUUGUUUCGACGACGCGGCUUCCUUCCUCGAGCAAGCCGAGGGCCUUGUGGAGGAGGCUCAGGCGACCAUCAAGGCCCGGGACGUGCCGGCCGCCAGUCGCGCGGCGUUCCAGGAAGCCCUCGAGCGCUACGAGAGUGUGCUGAGCGUUGCGGCGGGGUCAAGCGACGGCGCCGACGCGUUCCUCGAGCGUUGCACCGCCGCUUUCGCCGCCGCCAGGGGCGUGGACAGGGCCGCGGUGCGGGCAAACCGGCGGGUGCGAGCCCACAAGGAGCGGCUUCGGCGGGAGCUUAACCGCUUGGACAGACCGGCGGCGGCCCUCCUAGCUCUCGACCUCUCCGAGCUAACAGAAACGAGCGGAACCGUGUCAUUUCGCGAGGUGGCUCAGGGCGUCCGCGAUGCUCUAUCAGCGGUGAACUCGGCCCGCACGGAAGUCGAAGAGAGCUCCAAAGAACGGAGCGAGGCGCAAGAAGCGGUCCUGGCAGACCGCGUGGACAGCGCCGUCCAGGCCGCCGCUACCGCGGAACGCGAGUUCCGAGAGGCACGGGAGGUGGUGCGGCGAAUGAACCGGGGGUGGCAGCAGCUGGCUGGCCCAGAGGCUGCGCUAGCGAGGACCCGGGAGGACAUCGCGGUGCUCCCGCACGCCGGCGUGGUGUCGGAGCUCUGCGAGGGUGCCCUGCAAGGCGCCGAAGAUUCCCUGGCGGCUGCGCGAGCGGGCGUGGCGGCGAUCGGCAGGGGCGGGAGAGCGGUUGUUGGCGACGUGGAGGCGAAGGUGGAGGAGGCCAAGCUGAAAACCACCCGCGUACAGUCGGCUGCAUCGCAGCGCCAGAUGCUCCGCUCUGCUCUGGAAACAAGCGGCGAUUCCAUCGCCGAGGCCCAGGCCGGUCUCGAGGCAGAACUGAAAGGGCGAUCCCCGCAAGAUUCGAUAUCGACCGCUCAGGCCGGCCUUAUGGGCAGGAAAGGAGACCCCAUGUCCGAGGCUCUUCGAGCAUGUGCCGCGGCGGAAGAAGCGGCUUCGGUAGCUCGAGAAUGCCUUGAACGGCCUCUUUCCGCUGAAUCGUUCAGGGCCGGGACCGGCGAUGCCGCGAAGGAGGCGGAACGGGCUGUGGAUGCAGCGCAGACGGCCGCGGCAGAGGCCGAACAGGCCGCCGCGCGCCUCGUCGAGAGACUUGGGCAGAUACGCGGCAUCCGUGCCAAGCUCAGGUCUCUCUUGGCUCAAUCAGAGGCUCGAUUUCGCCGGGCAAGUGCGGCCCUUGCCGAUGCCGGGGUCGUCGACAGCAAGCGCGAGGCAGUGCGCGUGGCCAGCGCAGCUCUAGCCCGCGCGCGCGACCGACUGCGGAGCUCCUUGGGCAGCGGCUACCUUGCCGCCGACGGCGGCCGCAGCGGCGGCGGCCGUGAUGACGGUGGUCGCGGCACCGGGAGCCUCGCGCGCGACGAAGAGGCCGUAUCGGAGGCUACCGGUUUCGUCGAGGCCCUCGAGCUAAUCGCGUCUCGGGGGGCGAAGACCUCUCCUUCCCCGGCGGAGCGAGCCAAAUCAGGCUCCUCGGGCGAGACGGGGCACGAAUCCAUGGACGCGUUGGCUUUAGCCUUGCAGUGGGGCGAUGCGCUGCGCGCACAGGUGGCUGAGCUCCAGCUCGGCGGCGACCCUGCCGUAGCGCAGGCGCUCGAGGAGACUGGGAAGGCUGCGGUCGCCGCCGAAAGGCUGUGGUCCCCCGGCGAACGGCGAGAAGGGUCGGGCGCGGAAGGACGGGCUGCCGUUGAGGGUCUGGCCGCACAGCUGGGUGAGCUCGAAAGGUUUGCCGAGGAGGCCGCUGAGAAGCGACGUACGCGCGAGGCCGAGCGCGGGGCGGCGGCCAGACGGUUGGAUCGCCUUACGGCCACCUUCAACUCUCUACAGGAGACGGUGAAUUCGGCCGGCGAGCCCCUCCUUGCCUCCCUCACCGAUGCUGCGCUGAGCGCUGCGCACGACGCCAUCACCGCUGCAUCAGCAACUGCCAACGCCGGAGUAGGGUUGGGCGAUGGCAAGGCUGUGAGUAGCGCCCGGGAAUCGACGCUGGCCGACGCUGUUCAGGCCGCGGCGGUCGCGGUCGCUCAGGCGGAGGCGACGGUGACGCGCGCGCGGGAGCGGGCGCCCCAGGUGUCCGCGGAGAGGGUCCGUGCUCUGCAGACCCUGGUGGGCCUGGCCGAGACCCUGAGCGAGGCCGGGGAGCAGCUCGCCUCCUCCUCGGCGGAACGCGGCCUGCCCUCGUCUCGAGAGGCGGCGGCCGCCAUCUCGCAGGCGCAGGCGGGGUUGAGCAGGGCUCGCGCCGCGGCACAGGCCGACGGGGGGGCUUGGAUGUCGGGAGCGGCGGCGAUCACGGACGUUGUCGCGGAAGCGGGGGAGCUCGUGAGGCGGGCAAAGCGCGCCGCCGAUGGCCCCGCCGCCGCCGCCGCCGCUGUGCCCCGCGCCGGGCGGCCGGCGUCAAGGGGCGAGGACACCGUGGCGGCAGAAGCCGAAGCCAGGGCGUGGUACGAGGAAGAGGUGAAGGGUGGGGCGAAGACCACCGAUAGGCCUAACAGGUCGGAUGUCGGGGGCGUGGAGGACCAAUCGUCGUCCCCGGGGACGACUGACGCGCGCAAGGCGAGAAUCGGAUUCAGCAAAAAGGGGGAGGGUGCUCAGACGUACCUGCCUCUGUGGAUGCGCUUGCAGAAGAAGCUGUGGGACACGGGGGCGGCGGAAAGAGAUGGGGUGGGUGGCAGCGACGAUCUAGGGCGGCGAGAGGCGGCGUCUAGGGAUGAUACUUCUCCGAGGCCACGAGAUAACCCCGCCUCGCCACCGCCGGCCACGGCGACAAACGUGCAGCGGGACACCCCACCGAGCGGAAGCAAAGAAUCGAGGCUUGAGGCUGGGAGCGACAAGUGGCGACGGAAAGAGGAAGAACGCUUGGGCGCCGAAGUGAAAAGAUUGCGGGCAGAAGCCGCUCGAUUGCGAGCCCGUCGUGACCGUAGCGAUGCCAACGGAGCACAGGGCAGCCAAAUUUCCGGGGCGGGGGGCGCGGGAGAGAGACGAGGCUUCAAGCAGGCUGCCGAAGCGCUGGCGGAGGACAUGGUGAAGGAUUUUGCAACACGGGCCAAGAAGGUCGCCCAGCAGCGAGAUAGCAAUAGGGCAAGCGACAGCGGGAAGGAGUGACGGGAACGUUGAAAGCCACACGAGAUUUACGGCGUUGUGGACUCUGGUUGGUGUGUUUCGCUAGACAACAGCCGUAAACGCCGCGUGUCGGUGGAAUUUUGUGUGCAUUUGUUCCGUCUUCGUGCGAAAUUCUGUACUUGCAUUUUUGAGAUGAAGGUUAGCUAGGGUGUCAUUUCUUGUUGCACUUGCGGAGAGUUUUGGGUUGUGCCGUGACAGAGGGAACGAAAAGGUGGAAACGCGGCGCAUGCCAGGAAUGUUGCGAACACGCGGGUGUCUCCUCCGAACACGAUUACUAUCGUGCGUGUUGUGCGCGUUUUUUUUUACGAAGGUCUUUAAUUGUUGCGUUUUCUUGUGGAUGUUUUUUACCGAUGGCCGCUUAUAAAGCGAAAUUUGACGUUGAAGCACGUUCGAGGAAAAAAUGAUGUUAACUGUC